AUGGGGCUUUCGGAACUUCCCCUGAGGAGAGCCUGCCCACGGCUAAUAGACACCACUGUCGGGAAGGCUUUUAUGCUGCGCCGCUUACUUUUUCCGUUCCGCAGUUUCAGCUCGUUGCUCCUAAUUACCUCCCCUCGGACCGCCCGGCUGGCAUCCGUUGUGGCCCGCCAGGAACCGACCAUCUGUAGACGGUGCGGCACGGAGGGCAUCCGGGAGUCUGGAGGAGCUGUUACCUGUGCCUCGCGGCCAAGCACCCGGAAGACGGGGACGGGGAAAGCGGGGCCGGUGCAGGGAGACGGGCCAUCGGCUGCAUCAUGCUGCCAUCUGCCGGGCAAGUCUGGGAACGCUUGGCCAGCCCGGCGCCGGAGGGCAGGAAGGGCCGGGGCGGGGGGCGGGGGCGAGGUGCCCGCCGCUCAGUGCCAAGGGAGCCGCGGCCACCUCUACAGUCACACCGGGAUCUGUUCUUAG